CUCCUUUGCCUGGAAAUAACACUCCCUAAGCGCUCAUCUUGUUAGAAGAGAGCAAAGACAGCAAGCGUUGCUAAUUUUUCUUAUAUAGAGGUACCUGAAUGUUUGAGUGUGAAGUAAUGCACAGUGAAAAAAAAUCUCUGGAAGCGUUUAUGAUUACCGUUUAUUAGGAAUGGAAAACUAAGGAGAAUGGCCUUCAUAUGUUCCUCAAUAAUAUUUUCAGCUCUUUCUAAUCAACUGCUGUGUUUCUCCUAGCUACAAAGUGCAAGAAUUCUCCUUUUGCUGAGUAAAACUGGGUCUUGAGGGAGACUAAUAAAUUGGCUGAAAUGGAAGAGCCACCUUUGCUACCAGGAGAAACCAUUAAAGACAUGGCUAAAGAUGUUACUUACAUCUGCCCCUUCACUGGAGCAAUCAGAGGAACCCUUACUGUUACCAAUUAUAGACUGUAUUUUAAAAGCAUGGAACGGGACCCUCCUUUUGUCCUAGAUGCAUCUUUAGGUGUAAUCAACAGAGUGGAGAAAAUUGGAGGUGCUUCCAGUCGUGGUGAGAAUUCAUACGGGCUGGAGAUUGUGUGCAAGGAUAUUCGAAACUUGCGAUUUGCUCAUAAGCCUGAAGGGAGAACUAGACGAUCCAUAUUUGAGAACCUAAUGAAAUAUGCUUUCCCAGUUUCAAAUAAUCUGCCACUUUUUGCAUUUGAGUACAAAGAGGUUUUCCCAGAAAAUGGAUGGAAGGUGUAUGACCCUACUUGGGAGUACAGAAGACAG